AUGGCUUCAUUCUUUCGAGUCCUGUUGCCGGUAGCUCUGCUCGUUGGACAUAGCUUUGGCCAUCCACAGGAGAUCGCUCGCCGGGCCAACGUCGCCGUGUCCAAUACUGGGAGUUCACUGACAUACGUCUUUCAAAACAAUCUCAAUGCCUCGGACGAUGUCAACCAUGUCGGUGCCAUAUUGCUUGACUCGAUGUCAGCGUCUGCCGGGUCGGCUGCCUGUCAGGCGUUGAGCGAGACCCUUUUGACUCAAGCGACCAUUCAAAACUACAGCCAUGAUUUCUCUUCCGCCUUAUCAUACCUGGCAUACUCUGGCAGAGUGUCUCCCAACCAGGUGUAUCACAUUGCCGGUGGCAGUUUGCAAGUGUCCAGUCAAGCACAGCUCUCUUUUCCCGCUAUGGCACAAAACGACUCUGCUUUUCCAGUACUUUGCACGCAAUCAAGCAAUGCAAGCCAGCCUCCAAAUUCUACGGCAAGUGCUUCAAAUCAAGUAGUUGUCGCGGCAGCAGACAACACGUACGUCGGCUAUCGAAACCAGAAAUCGUUUCGGUUUCUGGGCAUCAGAUAUGCUGAUCCACCACAGCGUUGGGUUUACUCCCACCUCUAUACUGGGACUGGCAAAACAGUGAACGCUACUGCUUAUGGCGCCCAGUGUUCUCAGCCAUUCGUCAACGGUACGAGUGAGGAUUGUUUGUUCCUCAACAUCCAGACUCCAUACAUUCCCAAAGCUGGAUCAACCAAGGAUCUGCGACCAGUCUUAUUUUGGAUCCAUGGUGGAGGAUUUACUGGAGGCACUGGAGCCGAUCCGCUCAGUGAUGGUGGCAACCUAGCUUCUCGCGAGGACAUUGUUGUCGUGACCAUCAACUAUCGGCUGUCAACGCUCGGGUUUCUUGCUAUCCCCGGCACGAACAUCAAAGGCAACUUUGGCAUCGGCGACCAGAUCGUCGCGUUGAAUUGGACCGUACAGCACAUUGCCAAAUUCGGCGGAGAUCCGACCAGGAUUACCAUCAUGGGCGAAUCUGCUGGAGCCGGCUCGGUGCGGACUCUUCUCGGCAGUCCUCCUGCCAUCGGGCUGUUCCAGGGCGCCGUCGCCAUGUCCAACCUGGGUGGUGGAGUGACGCUUGGCCUCGACGGCAACUAUGGCACCACCUACUCGUCCUACUACACAGUCAAUGAGUCCUAUACCGUCGCGGGACCUCAAAUUUUCAACUCAUCAAACUGUACGCAGCAAAGCUUGAGUGGUAAGAUCGCAUGUCUCAAGAAGGUCAAUGCCACGGACCUGGUGAAUCUCGAGACCGUGGCCAGAUACGUGGUCCAAGACGGCACCAUCGUCAACUCGUCGGAGCUCAACGUGGUCAAAAGAAAUGCCGGAAGCGCCCACGUCCCGAUCAUGUUCGGCAAUGCCGCCAACGACGGCGCCUCCUUUUCCACGAUCUCCCCGACGCCCGUGCACAACGAAACAGAGGGACUGAUGACCGGUCUGAGCAUCAACGCCUCUUACGCGCAGGCCAUCAUCCACUCCGGCUUAUUUCCCUACUACAACACGGGCAACAUGACGUUCGACUCCUUCAACGUCACACAGCGUGUCGCGACCGACACGACCUUCCGAUGCAUCGACCAAGCGACCGUCUACGCUGGCGCCGAGACCGGCACUUUCCCAGCAGCAUAUUACUACCAAUUCGAACGCACCAUCAACGGCUACAACCCAGAGAACGUCCCCGGCGCGCCCGUCACACCCGGCUACCCGAACGGCAACCCGAACCUGCCGUACUUCAAACUCCACGGCGCCGACAUGCCCUGGGCGUUUGGCAACUUCUACGUGCCCCUCCGCGACGCCAACGAUCUGUACUCGGUGCAACUGGUCAGCGGGUACUUUGCGGAAUUCGUGCGAAGCGGCCAGCCGAAUCCUCCCACCCCCUACCUCCAGGCGAGGGGUUACACGAGAACCCUGCAGGGCGUGCAGGAAUCGGGGCCUUGGGACAAAGUGUCCAAUGCCACGGGCCCCAUCAAACACCUGAACUACCCGAUGGCGGCGAGCGGGCCAUUCGUGGAUUUGCCCCAGUGCGCGUGGCUCAAUUAUAGCAUCAACUACUACCUUGAGCAGAAGUAG